GGUGGAAGGGCACCAGGCAAACAUGGCGGCAGCGAGGGAACACAUGAUGGCAGUGACCAGGAACUACAUCUCCCAACCCAGGCUCAGUUACAGGACAGUGUGUGGAGUGAAUGGACCUCUGGUUGUACUGGAUAAUGUUAAGUUUGCCCAGUAUGCGGAAAUCGUUAACUUCACGCUACCCGAUGGCACCAGUCGGAGUGGGCAGAUCCUGGAGGUUUCAGGUUCUAAGGCCAUUGUGCAGGUGUUUGAAGGCACAUCUGGGAUCGAUGCCAAGAAAACAACCUGCGAAUUCACGGGAGACAUUCUGCGGACACCUGUCUCAGAGGACAUGCUGGGGCGUGUGUUUAACGGUUCUGGGAAACCAAUUGACAAAGGCCCCACCGUAAUGGCGGAAGAUUAUUUAGAUAUCAACGGACAGCCAAUCAACCCCUAUGUGCGAACGUACCCCGAGGAGAUGAUUCAGACUGGGAUCUCACCUAUCGACGUUAUGAACAGCAUUGCCAGAGGGCAGAAAAUCCCUAUCUUUUCAGCUGCCGGGUUGCCCCAUAAUGAGAUAGCAGCUCAGAUCUGCAGGCAGGCCGGCCUGGUAAAGAAGUCCAAGGACGUGAUGGAUUACAGCGACGAUAACUUUGCCAUUGUGUUUGCUGCAAUGGGGGUAAACAUGGAGACUGCCCGUUUUUUCAAGUCUGACUUUGAGCAGAAUGGGACCAUGGACAAUGUCUGUCUCUUCUUGAAUCUCGCCAACGAUCCCACAAUUGAGAGGAUAAUUACCCCUCGCCUGGCCCUGACGGAGGCGGAAUACCUGGCCUAUCAGUGUGAGAAGCAUGUCCUGGUCAUUCUCACAGACAUGAGCUCCUAUGCUGAAGCCCUGCGUGAGGUAUCAGCCGCACGAGAAGAAGUGCCAGGCAGACGCGGAUUCCCGGGGUACAUGUACACGGAUUUGGCCACUAUCUAUGAGCGCGCAGGCAGAGUGGAGGGGAGGAGUGGCUCAAUCACACAGAUCCCUAUUCUAACCAUGCCCAAUGAUGAUAUUACUCACCCAAUUCCCGACUUAACUGGGUUUAUCACAGAAGGACAGAUCUACGUAGACCGACAGCUGCAUAACAGACAGAUCUAUCCACCAAUAAAUGUGCUGCCGUCCCUGUCACGUCUCAUGAAGUCGGCUAUAGGAGAAGGCAUGACUCGCAAGGACCAUGGAGAUGUGUCUAACCAACUGUAUGCCUGCUAUGCUAUUGGGAAGGAUGUGCAGGCAAUGAAGGCUGUUGUUGGAGAAGAAGCCCUGUCGUCAGAUGACCUUCUCUAUCUGGAAUUCCUUCAGAAAUUCGAAAAGCAGUUUAUCGCUCAAGGUCCGUAUGAGAACAGAAGCAUCUUUGAGUCGCUGGACAUUGGCUGGCAGCUGCUGCGUAUCUUCCCCAAGGAGCUGCUGAAGCGGAUUCCGGAAUCCAUGUUGGCUGAAUUCUACCCACGGGAAUCCAGGGCGCAUGGGGAGGGGCCCAGUAAAACCCGGUAGAGGCGACGCUCUCUGGAAUCAUCACAGAAAUCACAGAGCAGCUCACAAAAUAAUCUGUUCAAUGUAUCGUUACAGCAUUCAAUUUGCCUUCUUUAAAAAGGUCUAUUUAAUUUUUAUGACUGUUACUAAAUAUAUCAAGUUUUCAUAAAAUUACAUAUUUUAAA